UUAUUGUAGCUGGGGAUUUUAACAAAUCACAUUGUAGGAAAAUGCUAUCAAGUUCUAUCAACACUUUGACUGUAGUACUCGCGCUGCUAAAACACUCGACCACUGCAACUCCAACUUCUGGGAUGCCUACAAGGCCCUCGUCUGCCCUCCCUUUCGCUUCACCCGCAAUAACAUCUGCUAAACACGUGUAUGUGACCAAUACAGUUUGAUUUGAUUUGACAUCCUAACUUAACUUUGUCGGGUAAAGACUCUGCAUCAAAUCUCAUCAGGACAGACAAAGUCUUCUCUGUUUCGUCACGCUCUCCACUGGUUCUGCAUCGUACCAAACCGCAGGUGUUACAUACACCAGGAAUCGUCAAUUUCAGUUGCUCCUCCUCAACACUUAAUGCCACCAAGUUAUCACUCCUUUCAAUGGCACCCUGCUCCGGAAUUCUUGUAUUUAGGUGUGUGGUCCGGAGCGCAAAAACAAUCUAAAAAUCAUCACAAGUCCACUUCGAGUUACACACCGAAUGAGCAGUCCCCAACCUCUUCUACACCCAACCUGACACUGCCAGCAGGUUAGGAUCCACUCUCUCCAAACUUCUCACUCCAACUGGGCCAGAAUCAUCCUUAUCAUUAUUGGGACGAGGCUCAAACUCAGCCCUCUUCACCACACCUGCCACUGCAGGUACAUCAUGGGACCUUUGAUCCGGCAAAUCUGUUUGUUAACAUUCCUCAUCCUCUUUAAUGCCUGUUCAUCUAUUGCAGAUAAGCAGCUUGUUGUCCCUCCUGACCCUGUAGUUACCUCUGCUGGUCAUGAUGUCAUCCUUCCCUGUCACCUGUCUCCUCAAACCAGUGCUGUUGGCAUGGAUAUCAGGUGGUUUAAGGAAGGAGAAUUCGCUAGCCCCCUGUACCUGUAUUUGGGUGGAAAGGUAACAGAGGGGAAAGGCUAUGAGGGUAGAGUGAGUGUGUCCUCUCAGGAGUUGGAGAAAGGCAAUAUAUCACUGCUGCUGAAUAAUGUCAUGGCUUCUGAAAGGGGAAGUUACAAAUGCCAAGCCAGCUACAUGGACUGGAUUCAGGAACUGCCUGUUGUACUACAGGUUAAACAGCAGGGCAGUGUCCCCAGGAUCUCCAUGAGGAAGCACCACAGAGUGUUCAUCCAGCUCAGCUGUAGCUCAGAGAACUGGUACCCAGAGCCUGACAUGUUGUGGACAGACAGCAGUGGGAAGGAGAUCACCUCAGCAGAGACAGAGAGACCCAAACAGAAGGAGGGGGGCGUCCUGUACUCCAUAACCAGUCACAUGAGAAUAGGGAUGGACAAACUGGAGGGGAUCACCUGUGUAGUGAUGUCACAGAACCAGGAAACCAAGAUGGAGUCUGCGCUGCAGAUGACUGAGGAAUUCUACAUGAGCAGUCUGCCUGACAGGGUGUAUAUCUCUGCAUUUAUGAUUCCUGUGUUUCUGGGACUGCUGUGUAUCACUGCAUCUGUGCUCUCCUUAAUCCAUCAGAGAAGAGUUGUUCGAGAAAAACUGAAGCCUUUGGACGAUAUGAAUGCAAAAUUAAAAGCUAUGGAUCAAGAGCUCAUCAAAAAGACAGAGGAAAUCACUUAUAAGGAUAUGUUAAUGGGAAUUACUGAAACAAUCCCAGACUCUGUUUGGAGCUUGAUGGUUGAUCAUGCAGUGGAUGUCACUUUCGACGCUGACACUGCACAUGUCAAACUCUCUUUAUCUGAUGAUAACAAAUGUCUCAAAUUUGUUGAAUUAAAAGAAAAAAAGGAUUGUGAGAAUUUCAAAGAAAAAUGCAAAGGAAGCAGCAGCAUGAAGUUUGAAGAAGAACACAAAGAAGACACAGAGCGUUUUGGAGGAAAACCUACAGAAAAUAGUAUGUUAAAUGUUUCAGGAAAAGACAAAGACAAGAAAACUGGAUUAUUUAACAGGAUGAUGAAAAAAGGACAAAACAACGAAGGUACUCUGCAGGUUGAGGAAGUACACAAAGAGGAGGCCACUGAGAAUUUAGAAGAAAAAUGUAAAGGCACUAAAAACAAGUUUAAAUAUAAUCAAUGUGUCUUGGGAAUGGAAGGAUAUGACAAAGGUACACAUUACUGGGAGGUUGACCUGGGGAAGAAGAGCCAGUGGAGUGUUGGGAUCGCUCAGGAAACUGAGAAGAGAGACAACAUCCAAAUGUAUCCAGAUACUGGCUUCUGGAGCAUAUUUUACAAAGAUGGAGAACUGAAAACAGUUGAACCGUCUUCCACUUUCCUUCCCAUUGAACUGACACCUGAGAAGCUGGGAGUUUUCAUGGACUAUGAAGGGGGACAGAUAACAUUUUUCAACGUGGAGAAGAAAUGCCACAUACACUCCUUCUAUGGCAAGUUUACUAAGAAACUCUAUCCAUUCUUUGGUCCUUUGAUUGAUUGUAAAGAGGAACUCAAAAUCUCACCUGUGGUAAAAAGAGACAAACCCUCAACCUCCAAGAACUGUUAGUGUACAUAAAGGAAGAUGACAAAGUCAUUGAAAAACAAGGUAUUUAGAACUCAAAGCUUAUUAUAGAUGCUUAAUUUAAAGCUGAAAAUGUAAAUCCUAUAAUGUAGCUUUUACACAUGUUAGUUUUAAAGAGUAGAAUAUACACUCAGUGUACAAAUAUUAAGAACACCUUCCUAAUUUUGUCGUCAGAACAGCCUCAUUUCAUUCUACAAGGUGCUUCCCACUGAAUGACUUUUGGGUUGUGGACCAUUCUUGAUAAACACGGGAAACUGUUGAGCAUGAGAAACGUAGCAGCGCUGCAAAUUCUUGACUCAAACCGGUGCACUUGGCACCUACUACCAUUCCCCAUUCAAAGGCACUUAAAUAUUUUGUCUUGCCCAUUCACCAUCUGAAUGACACACAUACACAAUCAAUUGUCUCAAGGCUUAAAAAUCCUUCUUUAACCUGUCUCCUCCCCUUCAUCUACACUGACUGAAGUGGAUUUAACAAGUGACAUCAAUAAGGGAUCGGGAAAGAGCAGUUGAUAAUGUUUUGUGCUCUGUGUUAAUCUAUUUAAAUAUAAAGUCUUAGUUGUUUUUAGUACUGUAUGACAAUAUAGAAUAAUUGAAUCACUCACUGUAAUUAUGUGUUUAAAAGGCAUUUUAAAAUGUGUCAUGAACUGAUCAAAGUCCUUGUAUGUUAGUGGAUAUUUGUUUAAAGUCCCAGAGGAAUCAUUUGCUAAA